AUGUUCAAACUAUCCAAAUUGUUUUAUUCAUUCAAACAUUCCAGUAGAUCUAACAUUUAACAUAAUCUAUCAUCAUUUAAAAAGAAAAGACGAUAAGAAUUACUCUAUAAUAUUGGUUUAUAUGGUGCAGCUUUUGGAUGUGCAUUUGGUGCUGUCCCAUUUUACAGAUUGUGGUGUGAGCAUUUCGGUUUGGAAGGAGACCUUGAUAAGAAGGACUAUUCAAUGAAAGGCAAAAAAUGUAUUUGCAUCCUUUUCAUUACUAGUGGAUGUGUUCAGAAAAUAUCAUAUUGAAUUUGGAGCAGAAACUGAUCCUGAAGCCAAUUGGGAAUUUCUCCCUGUCCAAUAGAAUGUCACUGUUCAUGCUGGAGAAACUGCCUUAGUCUUUUAUAGAGCUUACAAUAGAAAUGACAAUGCAGUAGUAGGUUUUUUAUAUAAUAAUUAUUUAAGGUUUUGCUACUUACUAAAUAUUCCCUGAAGAUGCAGGUCUUUAUUUUGCCAAAAUCCAGUGUUUUUGCUUCAAUUAGCAACUACUUAAUCCAAAGGAAGAACUUUAAUUACCCAUUUACUUCUACUUCGAACCAGAAAUCAAUGAGGAUCCUCUUUUAAAGAAGUGUGAAAAUGUAAAAUUACUAGUCUCAUUGUAUUAUUAGAUCAAAGUCAUGUACAGAUUUUAUAAAGCCAAAAAUCAGGAACUUGCAUAAUUGGCUGAGAAUGAAUACAAGACUGUUAAGAAAAAUAAGAUGAUCUUAUAGAAAUUAAGAGAUGCUAAAAAAACAGGAGUUCUUAGUGAAGGCGAGUUGAAUAAAAUAAAGGUAUGAUAUUAAUUGGGAUUUUAGAGUACUAAAUUUACAGAUCAGGAAAUCGAGGACUUUGAUGAAUGGGCAUAUGACAAUCCUUUAGAAGCUGCUGAAGCAUAAAAAGAGGAGUCAAAAAAUUGA